UAAUUUUUUUUAAAAAAAAAUUCAACUCUCUCACUUUUCCUUCCCUUGAAUUGAAUCCUUCCUGAGCAAGAAAGUGGGAAGCUGCGUUCGCAUUCAGCUUUCUCUUAAAAAACGUGUGACAAAUUUCUAUUCCCCUAAACAAUAGUAAUAAUAAAACAAAGCAAACAAUUCCAACUCCGCAACAAACUCCAAUUACGUACUUUCCUCAAAAUCUCCAUUAUCACUCCUACCCUCUCAGCUCCGCCAUGAGCGACGGCGACGACCACCUGGACAUCCCUUCUUUAGAGCUCAGCCGCCUCAAAGCCAUUUCCGCCCUCGGCCGCGGAGCCAAAGGCGUCGUGUUCUUGGUCCAAACCCAAUCAUCAUCCAAAAACGAAUUCAUUGCAUUGAAGGCAAUCUCUAAAGCUUCCAUUGACAAGAAGAACAGAAUCAAUCACGACAGCGAUGGAAGCGAGUACCGACGAAUUUGCUUUGAACGAGAGGUCUUGAGGCGCUUUCGUCAUCCGCUUUUGCCGAGAUUGCGUGGCACUGUCUCCACCGAUAAGAUUGUUGGUUACGCCAUCGAUUACUGUCCAGGACGCGAUCUUCACUCUCUCAGAAAGCAACAAUCGGAGAAAAUGUUUUCCGAUGAUAUCAUCAGGUUUUAUGCUGCGGAAUUAGUACUGGCAUUGGAGUACUUGCACGAAUUAGGGAUAGUAUACAGAGAUUUAAAGCCUGACAACGUAAUGGUGCAACAAGACGGACAUUUAAUGCUCAUCGAUUUCGAUCUCUCAACAAAACUCUCUCCAAAAAAUCCCGAAUCUCUUCCUCUUGUGAAAUCUGAGCCUUUGAAGACGAAGAAGAAGAGACGAUUUUUCUCUUGCUACUCCGGCGUUUCGCCUGAAGACUCGGUUUCUCCGACCAAACCAGGUCUUAACCAGGCGAGUUCCGAGUCGGAUUCGGUUAAGAAGUCGAACUCGUUCGUUGGCACGGAGGAGUACGUGGCGCCCGAGAUCAUCUCAGGCGACGGCCACGAUUUCGCCGUCGACUGGUGGUGCUUAGGUGUCGUUCUCUAUGAGAUGCUGUACGGAGCGACGCCGUUUCGGGGGUCGAAUAGGAAGGAGACGUUUUACCGGAUUCUGACCAAGUCGCCGGAGCUCGUCGGAGAGCCAACGCCGUUGAGGGACCUGAUUGGUAAAUUGCUGGAAAAGGACCCAAAGCAGAGGAUAUCACUGGAGGGAAUCAAGGGCCACGAUUUCUUCCAAGGGGUUAGAUGGGAUCUGAUCCUGCAGUUGGCGAGACCACCAUACAUUCCCGUAGGGCCUGAGGUAGAGGAUAUGGAGGGACAUAAAGGAAUUGACGUGGAGUGUUUUGUCCAGGAAGUGUUUGAAAUUGGGAGUGAGGACAAAGUGGAAGCGAAGAAAGAUUCAGAAAGCAAAACGAAUAAAGUGAACAUAAAUAAUGGGGUGUGGGUCGAAGGAUUGAAUCACCCCUCUCAAACUGACAAUUUCAUUGUCUUUUAACUACUCAAUUUUGUUAAUAACUAGACUCAUCAAAAUGAUUCUAUAACAUAUUGUUUGAUUGGUUGUAAUAGUUGUAACAAAUUCUAUGUUGAUUUAAGCUUACUAUUUCUAAAAUUGCUUUAUCUCUUUGAUAUUUCUUAGUCAUCUAAUGAAACUUGCAUUGGUUAAUUCUGA